CUGAUUUUCUUUUUUAAUGUUCUCUCUCCUUUUUGUUCUCAUUUUAUUUUCUUUCUCUUCUCUUCCAAAAGGGAAUUUGAAAUUGUUGUUCUGAAAAGUGCUCUUCUCUCUCCGUCUCUGUGCGAGUCUACUCCACAGAGAUAUUAGGGUUUUACAGUUGCUCCCGUAGGAAUAAUAACUUCUCAAUCAGACGAAUUUAGGGUUAUAAUUAAAAAUAUUAGGGUUGGUUUUACUUGAUUUUUAAUGGUGCCAACAGUGGCAAGGGUUUAUUAAUGGAGAACUCUGACGCUGAAGAGCCUGAUAAGAAAAGGCGUCAUAUUGACUCUGUUGCAUCCGCCAUGGCUUGGAGCUCACCUACUUCACCUGAUGAAAGAACCAUUGAUGCAGCCGCUCUUCAAUGUGAGAAUCAGAAGCUCAUACAGCAGUUAGAUUCCCACAAACACGAGUUGCAUGCUCUAGAAGGGAAAUUCAAAAAUUUAAAAGAGAAGCAAACAUCUUAUGAUGAUAAAUUGAUUAUAGUUAACAGACAUUGGAAUCAGUUAGUUGACAAUUUAGUUUUGCUUGGAGUUCGAGCUUGUCGUAUUCAUGAUGGUUUAAAAGCUUUAGAUCACGCAGAACAAACGAAAGGUUCAGCUGCAUCAUGUCCUUCAGAGGAUAAAUUUCUUUAUAUACUUCUAGAAUCAGGCCCAACUGAACAUAGUGGAGGUAUUGGAAUUACAAAAUAUGUCCAAGAAGCACUUUUGGUACGGCGUUCAUCUACUAUGAGUUUGAUGAAGUACCUAGAAGAUACUAUUAAUUAUCAGAGAGCUCAAACAGAGGCUUUAGAAUUAUCCCUAUCUGGAAGCCUUUCUGAAGAAGAUGCUAUUGUCCAGCAGCAUAAGCUUGAUGAUUUAAUGAGAGAAGAGAUCAAAACACUGAGUGAGGCAAUUGACUUUCUCAACUUGAAGCAUAAAGAGUAUGCUGAUGAGAUACAAACAUAUAUUACAAGUCAUUCGACGGAUCAGUUGGAAAUAAAACGCAUUGCAGGCGAGCUGGAUGAAAGCUUGGCAGAAGUUGAGGAGAGUAGAAGGAAGUUAAUCAAUAUGAAAAUUCAAACUAGUGGUUCAUCUGGAUUGCAUGUUCCGGUCAUGCUAACUGGAAAUGGAAGUGCGUCACCUGAACAGUCUUCAGAUAAGACUCUAGGGCUCAAAGAAUUGAAAUCGAGAAUUGAGGAAGUUAAGGAGCUUGCAGCUACCCGUCUUUCAGAGCUCCAGGAGGCACAGGAAGAUAAUUUAACACUGUCCAAACAAUUGCAAGAUCUUGAGAAUGAACUGAAGGAUGACAAAUUCGUACUUUUAUCUAGACCGUACCAUUUAUUGAAUGAUUGGCUCGUACAUUGUAAUGCUGAAGUGGAUCGCUACAAAGGAUUAAUAGAUUCAUUCCAGUCUGACAGGAAUUAUAUGUCGCGGAGAGAGAAAGAAUUAAGUGCAAAAGCAGAGUCGGCUGACGCUACAAGAACUGCAGUUAGCAAAUCUGAGACCAAGAUUGAAGAGUUACAGAUUCAGCUGCAGAAGUGUAUUAUAGAAAGAAAUGAUAUUGAAAUAAAGUUGGAAGAAGCAGAACAGGAUUCAGGUAAAAAGGACAUAAAAGACGAGUUUCGGGUAAUGGCAUCAGCUUUGUCCAAAGAAAUGGAUAUGAUGGAAGCCCAGUUGAACAGGUGGAAGGACACAGCUCAUGAAGCUCUAUCUCUCCGUGAAGAAGCAUAUUCACUGAAAGCUUUACUGAGUGCAAAGACGGCUGAACACGAGAGCUUAUCAGAAAGCUGUGCCGAACAAAUGGCAGAGAUCAAGUCCCUUAAAGCAUUGAUUGAGAAUUUGCAGAAGGAGAAACAGGAAUUGCAGAUCUUCUUGGAUAUGCAUGGACAGGAAUGUUUUGACAAAAGAGACCUGCUGGAAAUAAAAGAAACAGAACGUCGAGCUCGUGCGCAAGCUGAAGUCUUGAAGAAUGCUCUAGAUGAACAUAGUCUAGAACUACGGGUGAAAGCUGCAAAUGAAGCCGAGUCUGCUUGCCAGCAAAGGUUGUCUGUUGCCGAAUCUGAGAUUUUAGAUUUAAGAGCUAAACUGGAUGUUUCCCAAAGAGAGGUUUUGGAACUUACAGAGGCCAUAAAAAUUAAGGACAGUGAAGCAGAAGCUUAUAUUGCUGAAAUUGAGACCAUUGGUCAAGCAUAUGAAGAUAUGCAAACACAGCACCAACAUUUGGUGCAGCAGGUCGCUGAAAAAGAUGAUUACAAUAUCAAGCUUGUUUCUGAGAGUGUGAAGCUGAAGCAAGCGCAAAGUUUUCUUCUUUAUGAGAAGCAAGCAUUAGCAAAGAAACUCCAGCAGGUUCAUGCAUCAAUAGAAUCAUCCAAACAGAAGAUAUCCCGUAGUGAAGAUCAGAUGAAAUCCUAUCUGACUGAAGCUGGAAAAGCUUGUUCAGAGCACAGACACCUUAUCACUACCGUAGAUACUUCAAAAUGGGAAUUGGCAGAUGCUGAAAAAGAAUUAAAGUGGCUGAGGGGUGCCAUUUCCUCAUCAGAAAAGGAAUUUGAGCAAAACCAACGGAAGGUGACAGAGCUCCAGAGAGAUUUAGACAGAGAAAGGAUUCAGAGGAAGAAACUUGAUGAAGACCUGCGUGAGGUCAAUAAUAAGGUUUCGGAGAUGAGCUUGGAGAGAAGAGAGGCUGCAAUACAGAUACUCCAAGAUGAGAUCAAGGAUUGCAAGGCGAUUCUCAAGUGUGGUGUAUGUUCUGAUCGGCCAAAGGAGGUUGUAAUCACGAAAUGCUACCACCUUUUCUGUAAUACGUGUAUCCAGAAAAACCUAGAGAUUCGCCACCGGAAAUGUCCUGCAUGUGGAACUGCAUUUGGCCAAAGUGACGCUCGAUUUGUACAUAUUUAAAUCACUGUGUAGCGGUCAUAUUUAAAUCACUGUGUAGCGGUAGUUAUUAUAUGUUAGACCGACUGUUCAGUAUCGUGUCUCCAAUUUUGAAGCCCUAGUUGUGCUUCUUCUCAUGGAAAUCUUACAUUCCCUCGAUAAUGUUUCUCUCUGCAAUGGUUAUCGUUAUUUUGAUCUCUGGUUUCCUCAUUGUUAACAUGUUAUUUGGGCAGUGCAGCUUUUGAUAGUUGAAAUUCUUCUUCGUUUUUCAAGCUUUCGAUUUU